AUGUCUGGCAAAGUUAGCGGAAAAUCAAAGUCUGGCAAGGCCGCCGGUGGUGAUGCCGCCUCCAAGUCCCAGUCUCGCUCUGCCAAAGCUGGUCUCCAGUUCCCCGUCGGCCGUGUCCACCGUCUCUUGAAGAAGGGCAACUACGCUCAGCGCGUCGGUGCUGGUGCCCCUGUCUACCUCGCUGCCGUCCUUGAGUACCUCGCUGCCGAGAUCCUCGAGCUUGCCGGAAACGCUGCCCGUGAUAACAAGAAACACCGUAUCGUGCCCCGCCACCUGCAACUCGCCAUCCGCAACGACGAGGAACUCGGCAAGCUCCUCGGCGACGUUGUCAUCUCCCAGGGUGGUGUCGUCCCCCACAUCGCCCCCGAACUCCUGCCAACAAAGACAGGAAAGGGCAAGAAGGAGAGCCAAGAGGCCUAA